AUUGGUAAUGUGCAAAGGUGCAAUUUUCACCGUUUACUUUUGAGUAUUAAACCAAUGUUAGACACAAGUUAGUUUUGCAAGCAUUGAUGGUAUCAUACUAAUUCACAUUGGAGAUAGGAUUUCUAUUUUCGUAUUGAACUUUAAAAAUUGUUUUUAUUGUAGACAACAUAGCAUUUAACUAGACAACAAAAAUGGCGGAACGGAUAGAAACGCCAUUACAAUUAGAGUCGGAUAGUCUGUUUGAUUUUUUUUGUUCAGGAUGCGAAGACAGCGGUCUAAAAAUUGACGCUCAACAUUUCUGCAAAAUUUGUAAACGGUACUUUUGUGAACAUUGUGUAGAUCUGCAUAAUCAACUUUUCAAGAACCACGUCGUUUUCGGGACGGGAGAGAAAUCAGACUGGCCUGUUGCAGAAGCAAAGUUGGAUAACAUAUCACAGUGCGAACAACAUCCCGAAGAAAAGAUAAAGAUGUUUUGUUAUGGUCACAGAAAACUGUGCUGCAUCUAUUGUUUACACUCGGACCAUAGAAUUUGCAAACAAGUAGUUCGCAUAGAAGAAGCGGCGAAAGGAAUUUACGCCGAAGGGGACUUUCAGAAACUCUCUGAAAACAUUAUCUCUACGUGUGAGAAGAUUGACUGGGAACACAUUGAUAUGGCAAUGCAGCUUGACACUCUUCAAUCCAGUUAUGAUAAAACACUUCCAGAAAUUGCAUCUUUCCAAAAUAAAAUGACAAAUGUAAUGGAGAAACUGGGCAAUUGUUCUACGUCGGAACUUGAAAACAUGUUUACAAGUAUUAAGGUAACAUGCACAAAUGAAAUCCAACUUCAUACAGAGCUUCAUAAAAAAUAUAAACGACUCCAUAAAGGUCUUCAAAGUAUACAACAGGACAGUGAACAACUAGCGUUCAUACUAUGUAGGAAAUAUGAUGAUCUGACCAAAGAAACUGAUGCUUUAUAUGAACGAAAGGACAACAGGGAAAUUAACUUCAGUUUUCAACCUGAGGCCUCCAUGUUGCAAUUACUUUCUGAAUUAGAUAGUCUUGGAAAAAUUCAGACAUACAGGAACAACCCUAAUCAAGUCAUUAAAGUAUCAGAUAUGACCAAGCAUGAUAUAUGCGAUUACCUUGACAGGUCGUCCCCUGCAGCAACGAUAAUUGGCAUAUGUGAAAUGGCAUACGGCCAAUUUCUAAUAGCUGACAGUUCAAACAAGAACGCUAAAUUGUUAGAUCAUUCCUUAAAAGUUUUGUCACGCCAAAAUUUCCUGUACGCACCAAACCAAAUGUGCAAUGUAAGUGCAUACAGCGUGGCUGUCAUAUUUGAAGAUUAUGUUAUCCAAUUUAUUCGAGUAAACAACCUACGCAUAACAGUUGAAAGAAUAAUACAAUUGGAAGGCUACUGCUACAGUAUUGGGUACCACAACUUUGACAUAUUUUGUACAAAUGCUGAAGCAAUCUACCACUAUGAUAUUGAUGGAAGACAAAUGAAAAGCAAAAUCUCCGUUAAAAAUGCUCUUAAAUGUGCGGUAAGCCCGGAUGGAACAACUGUAUACGUCACAACCAAUUAUGGAAACUCUUGCCUCACAUUGAAAAAAGCUGAAACGCUUCAACCCCUUUCCGGCGAAAUCAAACUUAAAAAACCAGAUGGAGUACAUGUUACAACCAAUGGACAGGUACUAGUCUGUUGUCGUGGAUCUAACGAAAUCGUGCAGCUUGACUCGAAAGGUAAAGAGAUACUGGCAAGAUUUAGUGCCAGACAUCCUCCUUGUUGUGUUUGCUUGAGCAAAGAAAAUGGAAUGCUGCUCGUGGGGUUCUAUGACAGCAAUGAAAUACAUGUCUUUAAAACAGCCUAACAAGAUUUCAUUAACGUUGAAGGUGUACAACGACAUGCAUCUGAUAAUCGCUGAGUUUUGUAGCAGUACUUUACAGAUUAGUAGAUCAAUAUAACUAAGCUUCUUGUGUAUGGAUUGUUUUGUAUGGAUUGUUUCGUAUGGAUUGUUUACUUCUCUCUUUCUAUUGUAUAUUAUAUAAGUCUUGGAAUUGAUAUAAUCGCUCUAAUUCCAUGUGUGAUUGUGUAUGCCAUUGGAGAUAUAUUUUUAUUGUUGUAAAUCAAGCUUACAUAUUGAUUUGAGCCUCGCUCUGUGAAAACUGAGCUUAAUGCAUGUGCGCAAAUUGUCGUCCAAGAUUAGCUUGUGCAAUCAACACAGGCUAAUCAGGACCGAAACUUUCCGCCUAAACUGGAUUUGUGCAAAGAAGAUACAUUCUGUUAACGAUAAAUACAAUAAAAGUGGAACGUGUCGUCCCGGAUAAGCCUGUGCGGACUGCACAGACUAAUCUUGGACGACACUUUACUCACAUUCAUUUAACCCCCUUUUCACAGAAGAUUUAUAUUAAAUAUUUUUGUUUUUAUGUGCAUUAAAUGUCCACCGUUGUUUCAUAUCCUUGUAUUUUAAUGUCUUUAUGUUUUAAAGUAUU